AUGGAGUAUUCUUUGAAGAGUCUGAUGGAGGAUGGGAACAGGUAUCUGAAGUGCUUCCAGCUGUUUCGAGAACGCUCCUCAGAACAGCAGUGCAUGCAAAACUUCAUCCGUGGGAUUCUCUCUGACAUACUCGGCAGCAUUGGAAAUGGAAACGGCAGUCUGAACGUGAUGGGGGUGGGGAGCGGCGCAGGGGAUCUCGACGUGGAGAUGUUCUCCCAGCUCCGCCUCAAACACCCGGGCGUGUCCGUGCACAGCGAGGUGGUGGAGCCCAGCAGCGAGAUGCUGGAGAACUACAAGGAUUUGGUGUCAAAGACCCCAGGUCUGGAGUUUGUAAACUUCAGCUGGAAUAAGAUGACUGCCUCGGAGUUUGAAAAGCACUGGAGAGAGAAGAAGCUAACCAAAAAGAUGGACUUCAUUCACAUGAUCCAGAUGCUGUAUUACAUAAACGAUCCCGGUGCCUCCAUUUCAUUUUUCCGGAGUCUCCUCAACAAGAACGGGAAGCUUCUCAUCAUCUUAGUGUCUGCACAGAGCGGAUGGGGAAAGUUGUGGAAUUAUAAGAUGCAGAUGUGUCACACUGACAUCAGCCAGUGUGUGACAAUAGGAGACAUCAAGUGCUACCUUGACUCCAUGGGCAUCAAAAACACCAGCUACGAGCUGCACUCGCAAAUGGACAUCACCGAGUGCUUCACAGAAGGGGACGAGAAGGGCGAGCUCCUGCUCGACUUCCUGAGCGAAGUCUUAGACUUUAGCAAAAACGCACCCCCUGAUCUGAGAUCAGGCCUUCUGGAGAUCCUGCGUCACCCAGACUGCAGUACAGAAGUGGACGGAAGGGUCAUAUUUAACAACAAUUUGGGAGUUUUAGUCCUAGACCCUUAACGCACACUCAGGUUUUGUCAUGAGCUAG